AUGGACUACUGUGCAGACCUAUCUUUCUCUGAGCUAACCGUUCCUUCUAUGGCCGCUCUCGAGGACGUAGCUGAGGUCUACAAGGAGUCCCCCGCCACCUUAGAUGCAGGUUCUGCAAUCAUAGAAUUUAAUACCCGGGGCCUACCCGAUAUUGUAAUUAAGAAGUAUCCUGUAACAGGUUUGCGGAGAUUUGAUGCUGCCGGUGUACAUGCAAUAUUGAUGCGGAUAACCAAGGCCUCAGGGCCGAACAUCUUAGAGAUUUCUUCUCUGCAGUACUAUGCCUCGCAUGCAACCUAUGAAAUCACACAUCCUUAUUGUGUAGGCGGCAGCCUGGAAACGCUGCUGUACGAACGCCGAUCUAGCACCACGCCCUUCAGCCCGUUGAGCAUUUGGAAGCUAUUUGCCCAGGUUGUUGCAGGGUUGCUUCAGCUUUACGGUUCAACAGGAGCCUCGGAUGACUAUGGCGAAAUGACAUAUCUCUUGCAUGGUUCCCUUACGCCUUCUAAUAUACUUUUUGACUCUCAUGGAACUGUGAUGCUUUCAGACUAUGGUCUUUACUAUAUUCGCCCGCUGUUUGGGAAAAAGAAUAGAUACCCGUCGUUCCUUGCCCCAGAACUCCAAGGCCCUGACGCUGAAUAUACAGAAGCAGUGGAUGUUUGGUGUCUCGGGUGUGUACUAUACUCUCUUUGCAUAUUGCAGCCUCCGCAGUUUGCUCCUAGGGAGCUUCGACGAGGCGUCAGUAUAUACUCAAGGAGCUGUCCAACGGAUAUCAGGCUCCUCCUUCUGAAGUGCUUGAGUCUUAAUCCAGCGAACAGGCCAUCAGUGCUUGAGAUCGCCAUGCUACCAGUCGUUAGAGAAGCCUAUCCUGAGCUCAAUUCUAUGCUUCAACCUCAUCCUCGGCUCCUCAGGCGGCCACACGAGGUUUCCUUUGCAAACGAGGCUACCUACCUAGAUCCAAAUGCCAGAGACUUUGAGAAGCAUAAGCCCUCCGUUGAUAUUCAGAGCAUGAAGAUCACAGACCGGAUCAGUCACCAGUCUGCAGAGGUGUUCCACUCUAUUUUGGCCGCCGUGGCAGAAGCAGAGGCAGAUUUCGACUUUGGUUCCGACGUGGAAACAGAGAAGCCCGUUGCUGCACAGAAGGGUGUACACAGCUUGGAAAAAGCGCGGAACGAUAUCUAUACAGCCGACGCAGGAAGCGCUUCUACGUCUGAGGAAACCCAAGAACCUGCGCUUCUCCCAGGCGAGCUUGCGCGAUCUCGCACAGAGUCUCCACGGCGGCGCAGAGUCCGACGCAGGGUCCGGAGCCGCGGACGGUCGCUUCCGGGCCUAGUGCUCAGCGCGGGCUUUGAGGGCGCGCAGCCCCCGGGCCGCCGCUGCCGGGGAGCGCGCAGAAAGUAA